AUGAAUAACGGUCAAAGUACGGAGCGGGCCGGGACUUCCAAUUCCCAGGCGGGACAGGAAAUAGACAGCGAUGUGCAGAUGACGCAUUCCGGUAUCACGACUUCCAUGGAAGACCCGUUGCAGUCCUUGAUGACACAUUCUGGCAGCGCGGACAGCCCAGGACAAAUGGGGAGUAUUCAGGAAGAGGCUGGGUCACAUCUUGACGCCAGCCAGCAGGAUUAUCAAUCUGCAAUCCUCGCUCGAGCGGCAAGGAGGCAUUCUACAAUGUCGAGACUGGGUUCUAGGAUUCUGCCAAACUCUGUCAUCCGAGGACUCUUGAAUAGCGAAGAGGAGACUCCCGCGGAAGGUCACGCUCAUCGGCACGGUAUUGUUUCCAGGACCAUACCAAGAUCGGAGGUCAAUCAAAGCAGUAGUAGGUUUAGUCCUUUCGCUUCUUUGAGCUCACGGGGCAGUAGUCGACGGCGAUCACUUCGCGCCCCCUACUUUAUUCCACGGAGCGAGGCAGCUUUGAGCAAUAACGGCCAUUCGCGACUCUUCGGCUCGUCGACAGAGGGGUCAGCCGAAACUGGAUGGAAUUGGCGACGGCCUGUUCGCCUACGUCGGGUUGGACACUCUCUACCAAGCCCUAUCGCUCAAAUGUUUGGCCCGCCCUCUUCUGAUUUGGCAAUGGAGCAGGGUGCCGAACACCCUUAUCAUUUCCACGAUUCCGACCCCGUCGGAUUCAUCCCCCACCCUGGGCCCAUUGAUGGCCACAUGGAUUUCGAUACACCCCACGAGCUUGAUUCUGUGGAGCCCGCAGUAGCAGAACCCCAGCCCUCCUCUACCAUGCUGUCUCCCCAAAGUCAAUCUAGUACGCGGCAUUUUCCUAGUUUACUACGGGCACGGCCAGCAAGGGCUUUGCGCAGAGAAGAACAAACACCCCUGUCGCGUCUUCUUCAACUCGCGGCUACUCACAUUGCUACUCAGCUUUCAGGUGGGACUGGCCCGGCGUUGCCCAAUAUCCCAUCUUUGGGCAACGAAGGUUCGGAUGGUUCUCUGGAGAGUUUUAUCCAGAGUUUACAACGUGCUGCAUCUGGACAGCCAGCACCCGGGGAUACAACUAACAAUGCAGAAGAGGAACGACCCUCGACCCCGGUGAACUUCAUGAGAGUAUUUCGGUUCGCCAAUUCUGACGCUUCUCGAUCGUCCGACACACCAAAUCGCGCAAGGACCGACUCGAGCAAUACUGCUAACCAUGGCGAAUCCAUGGAGGCCGAUCACCAACCUGAAGGAUCCGAGGGCCGAACUGUCACACUUGUCGUGAUUGGAGUAAGGUCUGUUCCAACUGGAAAUGGCGGUGAUCGUCAGCCUGCGGGACUCCCUGGUGGCCUGGAUGCUCUCCUCCGACUCCCUUUCCUCACGCCAGGAGCUUUCCCAUCUCGUGCUGGGUCACGACCAGGGACAAAUGUAUUCGGUCGUCCCGCGCCACCUAAUGCGUCUUCCACAAGUGAUGAUACUCCAUCCCAGUUGGGAUCGUCAAACGCAGCGCGGCGGCUGUCUGACGCCGGUAACCGUGGCAGACCUUCAUCGUUGCCCUCAGUUGUAUCUGAAAGUCCCCCGGGCCCUCAUCCACCCCCAUCCACCCCGGCGGAGCCGGGACUGUCGGCUGUUUCGUCUGGCGCUUCGACUCCCAGCCGCCGACUAUCUACCACGUCCGCUAUGCCCCCGAACGUCCUGCCACAGCUCAAUGCGAACCGUUCCAUGCAGCCUACAGUGGAUACUUCGGAUGAGGGUUUCCCAACCACCGCGACUCGUCAGCGACGCCGAAGUGACUCCGAAUUUGCGCGCCACCGCGAGCAAUUAGGCUCCGGGGCAUCGAGGCGUAACGGCGUUGUCGAGCCCGACAAUCAUAACGCAGCACCUGGGAGAAGCUGGCUGAUUUACGUCGUUGGAACCAACCUCUCCGAAAAUCACCCUGCCUUUGCGGCUCCCAGUUUGUUCACUGAUAACCCGACCUAUGAGGAUAUGGUGUUACUGUCAUCACUUCUUGGCCCUGUAAAGCCGCCAGUCGCUACCCAGGAAGACCUGACUUCUGCAGGAGGGUUGUUUCGUGUGGUGGAGUACGGUGGCUCUUUGUCAGCAGAGGCUUUUGAUGGCGGUGUUACUGUCCAAAUUUCUGAAGGCGAGCGCUGUUUGAUCUGUCUCAGUGAGUACGAAGCGGCGGAGGAGCUUCGGCAGUUGACCAAAUGCGAACAUCUUUACCACCGUGAUUGUAUUGACCAGUGGUUAACUACAGGUCGCAACUCUUGUCCGCUGUGUCGGGGCCAGGGUGUCGCUGACAAGUCGGGCACCGAACCACCGCAACCAUCGGACACACCGCGCGCAACAGCCGCCUGA